UCAAAAUUGCUAUUUCUUGUUUCACUGGUAAUUAAACAAUCACACCCUUCUUGAUGACUCUAGCUGUCAAAAAAAAAAUGUUUGUUUGUCGAAUAUGAUACUAAUUUAUGAUAAUUUCCAUGCUUAAAUCUGAUAUUUUUUAUCUGAACGUUUGUUAAAAUGGAAAGUAAGGAACCAUAUCGAGCUACCAAAUUAUGGAAUGAAGUGAUAACAGCUUUUCAGUCUGGGAUGCCAUUGAAGAAGCAUCGACGUUUAAUGAAUUGCUAUGACAAUUGCUUUAUGGCUUCUGAUGGAGUGACUUGGCUUCACUGUUAUCUUUUGAAUAAUCCAAACUUUGGCCCAGAAGUAACAAGAUCACAAACAAUUAAUUUACUGCAAAAAUUUCUGAAAUGUCAUGUCAUUGAAAAUAUUACUAAGAAAUCUAAGAAAAGAGAAUUCUGUGACAGCUCAGAUUUGUAUAGGUUCAUUGCUGUUUCACCUCAAAAAACAAAAAUAUUGCCUUUGCGACUCAUUCAGUCUCCAUCUUUGCGUGAGAGUGCUAAGAAGCAAGUGAAAGAUAGUAAAGCAACAGUCUCAAUUCACAAGCCAUUACAGAUAAUGCACAAGGAAAAUCUUCCUGAAUGUCGCUUUGUUGAAAAGAAAAUGUCUUUAUCUGAAAUAGAAAAAAAUUGGAAAUCCGUUGCAAUCAACAUGCUGGAAAAACAUAUGAAUUGUCCUUUAUCUGAUAUAGUGGAAGAAACAGCGCUUAAUGGCCACUUCAUUAGACACAACGUUUCUCGUAUUAGUAAAACAGGAGUUGUAACUCUAAUUGACAAGACAGAUGAUAUUCCACAUUGGGUAAUAUCAGCUAUGAAGUGCCUAGCAAAUUGGCCAAAUGCAAGUGGCAGUGGCAGCUGUUUACCUAACUAUCCAGGAUUUGAAAAAGAUGUUUUUAAAGUUGUUAGAGAUUUUUUUCUUAACACUCAAUCACCAUUGCUCCCUGAGGCUAUAUCUUCUGUUCUUUUACAUGCAUUUUGUUCUGUCAUGAAAAUAAAUUGCCGCUCUCUCCAUAAUUCACCAGUGCCCGAAAAUAAAGAUAACUGUAAAACAACUUCGUUAUCACCUGGAGUAAAAACAUCCACACCUGUUACUGACCAUGCUAACUCGAUAAAUUAUCCAGCUAUGUCAAGUGCAGAGAAUGAUGGGAAAAUACUCCUUGAUGAUCCUGAAGCAAUGUGGGAUUACCCAUCAUCUGUUUUGUAUGAAACUGAUUUUGCCACUUCUGAUCCAAUAACCAGAGUUGUUCCUGAUUAUUUUGGUCUGGCACCUUCACAUGUGAACCAUCCAGGAAGUAUGGAAUCUAUAAGUACAAUUAGUGUUUGCAGUAUAACUUUAAAAGCAGAUCUUUCAUCUGAUCAAUUUAGUCCAUUGAAAUCCUGGAACUCCGAUUUUCAUUUGAGUAAUUUAUUUCACAAAGAUUCCAGGUGUCGAAAUGUAAAUGGAUCUACUGAUGAAACUAAAUUAAAAUUGAGACACACACAGUCCAUGUCCGAUUUUAUGCAUGUACCUGAAAAUGAACAGGAUUGCUUGAAUACAUCAAAUGCCAGUACAAAAACUAUCACUAAUAAUGGGAAAAAGUUAUCGUUUGAUAGUUUGAGUCUCAAAUGUGUCAACCAUGAUUCACAGAAUGAUUACCUGAAAGAAUCUUCCAGUGCCAUUUGUUUUCUGAAAAAUGUUUCUAGUCCUUUCCAUAAUGGCACAAUUUACUCAGGAACCAAGAUAGAAAGUGUUUCUCAGCAUAAAAAAGAAGACUCAUAUCCAGAAGAACUGAAAAUAAUUUUUCAGAUAAUUUUGUUAUUCCUGUCUCCGCCAAAUCGUCGUCAAUUACAUCUGCUGCUUCGUGUUAUCAAUAAAAUUUUGAAAAAUGGAAAUUUUGUUCUGGAUGUGAAUACUUCAAUGCGAAAUUAUCUUUUAGGUACCUUUCUACCUGCUAUUAUUCAAGCAAAUGUAAAUGAGAACAUUAUGUUUGACAUAUUGAAUUACCUUUUGGAUAAUUGCGAGCACCUGUUUCAACCUCCAAAUGGUUUGAAAGAAGAAGUUGAAAAGCUAUCUAAACAGUGCAAUGGGAGAAUUGUUUAUUCUGUGGAUGAUACCUGUUCUCUAACUUAUUGUGAAUUGGUUUCAAAACAGCAGUAUGAAGACCAGAAAGUAUCUGUUUCCACCAAAGCUCUGAAAAGCCUUCUAAACAGCAUUAUAGAAGAUAAAAAUUUGGCUGAAAAAGAGCGGAAAAAGCGACUUAAACAGUUUAAAGAAAAUCAUGCAGAAGUGUAUUAUGCUCACUUCCCCGAGGAAUGGAAACCAAGAUCAAAAAAAUCCUUUUUAAACAAAAUUGCAAUACGAUUGUGAGAUAUGUGUGUAGCACUGAAUAGUUAUGUAUUUUUAUAGAUAUAAUAUAUUUAUAAAAUAGAAUAAUAAAACUCAA